AUGAUUUCGAACGCAGCCAGUUCUUCGUCUACGAGGCCGCUAAUUUUAUCACACGGUUCGCUAGAACACGUCUUGCCGGUGCCAACGAGUUGUUUCUUUGCCGCUUCUGAACUGCUAGAUCAGUUCAACAAGAGUUUACCAGAACCUACUGAGAACUUUGCGCUUGACCAGGAGCCCUCGUCUCCAAUCGAGUUGCUGGGCAAAUUCUUAGGGUUUGUAGCGGAUUUUGUGUCCGAGGGCGAAACGAAAUUUGUCGACGUACUGGACAAUUCGUUGAAUGAGUUCGACAACGGUUACUUGCAAGGUAAUGCGGUUCAUGCGGUCGCUGCCAAUCUGCUAGAUGAUGAAGACUCUAAUACUACCUUGGAGAAGACUAAAGAACUGAUUAGAAAUUAUGUCAAGGCUAGAUAUGUCGCUAAGAGACCGUUUGAAAAGAGUCAAUCAGCGCUUUUCAAAUCUGCUGCUCAGGGUGAUUCGCAAAUUGCUGCCAUCUUUGGUGGUCAAGGAAAUACGGACGAUUAUUUUGAGGAAUUACGCGAAUUGUACGAGACUUACAACGUGGUGGUUCUUGAUGUGAUCAAAUUUGCAGCAACCACUUUGAGAGAAUUGGUUAGAUCUACUCAUGACACUGAGAAAGUCUUUACUCAAGGCUUUGAUAUUUUGAGCUGGUUGGAACAUCCAGAAAAGACACCCGACACAGAUUAUUUGUUAUCGAUCCCAAUUUCAUGUCCAUUGAUCGGUGUCAUUCAAUUAGCUCAUUAUGCGGUCACCGCCAGAUUGUUGGGUUUCACUCCUGGUGAGUUGAGAUCUCAUUUGAACGGUGCUACAGGCCACUCUCAAGGUUUGGCCACCGCAGUGGCUAUCGCUGAGGCAGAUUCCUGGGAUUCCUUUUUCGAAUCGAUGAAGAAAGCUAUUUCUUUACUAUUCUUCAUUGGAGUUCAUUGCUAUUUGGCUUACCCAAAUACUUCUUUACCACCAUCUAUCUUGGAAGAUUCCUUAGAGAACAGUGAAGGCGUACCAUCUCCAAUGUUGGCAAUCACAAAUUUGACUCAGGAACAAGUUCAAAAUUUUGUUGACAAGACAAAUUCACAUCUUCCAGAGGAGAAACAUAUUGUGAUCUCUUUGGUCAAUGGUGCUAGAAACCUUGUCGUUACUGGCCCACCGCAAUCACUUUACGGUUUAAAUUUAACUUUAAGAAAGGCAAAGGCUCCAUCAGGAUUGGAUCAAUCUAGGAUUCCAUUCACAGAAAGAAAAUUGAAAUUUUCCAAUAGAUUCUUACCAAUUGCUUCCCCUUUCCAUUCUCACCUUCUAGCCUCUUCCAAGAAAUUCAUCACUGAAGACUUGGUUAAGUAUAAUGUCAACUUCGAGAAGAAGAAUUUGAAGAUCCCAGUUUAUGAUACUUUUAAUGGUAAGGACAUCAGAGAUCACCAAGGAACUUCCAUUGCUGAAAGGAUUACCGACUGCAUCGUUAGUUUACCAGUCAACUGGGAAAUCGCCACUAGUUUCCCAGCUACCCAUUUACUAGAUUUUGGUCCAGGUGGUGCAUCUGGUCUUGGAGUCUUGACUCAUCGUAACAAAGAUGGUACUGGUGUUCGUGUUAUCGUGGCAGGUACUCUAGAUAACAACCCAGAGGAUGAAUACGGUUUCAAACAAGAAAUUUUCGAUGUCACAGCAAAUGGUUUGAAGAAGAACCAAAAUUGGUUAAAAGAAUUCCAACCUAAAUUGGUUAAGACUAAAUCCGGUAAGAUCUUUGUUAACACCAAAUUUUCCAAACUAUUGGGUAGAGCUCCAUUGUUAGUCCCAGGUAUGACUCCUUCUACCGUUUCACCUGAUUUUGUAGCCGCUACCAUCAAUGCUGGUUAUCAUAUUGAAUUGGCAGGUGGUGGUUAUUUCGCACCUGAAGGUAUGACCCAAGCAAUCGAUUCUGUUGUUUCUCAAAUCAAGAAAGGUUACAGUUUGGGUAUCAAUUUGAUUUAUGUUAAUCCAAGAAUGCUACAGUGGGGUAUCCCAUUGAUUAAGGAAUUGAGAGAAAAGGGUUACCCAAUUCAAUCGUUGACAAUCGGUGCAGGUGUGCCCUCUUUGGAAGUUGCCACAGAAUACAUUGAAACUUUGAAAUUGACUCAUUUGGAUUUAAAACCAGGUUCUAUUGAUGCAAUCUCUCAAGUUAUCACAAUUGCUAAAGCUCAUCCAAAAUUCCCUAUCGUAUUGCAAUGGACUGGUGGUAGAGGUGGUGGUCACCAUUCUUUUGAAGAUUUCCAUGCUCCAAUGUUGCAAAUGUAUUCUAAGAUUAGAAGACAUCCAAACAUCAUUCUUGUUGCCGGUUCUGGUUUUGGUUCUUCUGAAGACACUUAUCCAUACUUGACUGGUGAAUGGUCUACUAAAUUCGAUUACCCACCAAUGCCAUUUGAUGGUUUAUUAUUUGGUUCCAGAGUGAUGAUCGCUAAGGAGGCAAAGACUUCUUUGGCUGCUAAGGAACUGAUUGCUUCUUGUCCCGGUGUUCCAGAUGACCAAUGGCAACAAACUUAUAAGAAACCAACUGGUGGAAUCAUCACUGUUCGUUCUGAGAUGGGUGAACCAAUUCAUAAGAUCGCUACUCGUGGUGUUCUUUUCUGGAAGGAAUUGGAUGAUACCAUUUUCAACUUACCAAAGAAUAAACUACAGGCAGCUUUGGAUGCAAAGAAGGACUAUAUCAUCGAAAAAUUGAACGCCGACUCUCAGAAGCCAUGGUUCCCAACCGUUAAUGGUGAAGUUCGUGAAUUAGCUAACAUGACUUAUGAAGAAGUUGGUAAGAGAAUGGUAGAAUUGAUGUACAUCAGAUCCUUAAACAAAUGGAUCGACGUCACUUUGAGAAAUUUCACUGGUGAUUUCUUACGUCGUGUUGAAGAACGUUUCACCAAGGUUAAAACUCCAUCUUUAAUUCAAUCUUACUCUGCAUUGGAAGAGCCAGAUAAGGUUUUGGAGACCAUCUUCAAUGCUUAUCCAGCUGCUAAGGAUCAAUACUUGAAUGCACAGGAUGUUGAUUAUUUCUUGAAUAUGUGUCAAAGGCCAACUCAAAAGCCUGUUCCGUUUGUUCCAGUGCUUGACCACAGAUUCGAUUUCUUCUUCAAGAAGGAUUCUUUGUGGCAAUCUGAAUUCUUGGAAGCUGUGGUUGACCAAGAUGUUCAAAGAACUUGUAUCCUGCACGGUCCAGUGGCUGCUCAAUACACCAAGAAUGUCAAUGAACCAAUCAAAAGCAUCUUUGAUGGCAUUCAUGAAGGUCACAUCAAAAAAUUGUUGAAAGAACAAUAUGGUGACGAUGUUACGAAGAUUCCAGUCGUUGAAUAUUUCGGAGGCGAGGAACCGGUGACUGUCGAUUGUGAAAGCGCUGAGAAGCCAUCGCUCAGUAAAGUCACUUACCGUGCUAAUGCUACUACUGAUCCAAAGAACUGGUUCAAGCUGUUGGCUGGUCCAACCAGAAACUGGAGAAGUGCCUUCUUCAGUACUUCAAGGGUCGUUCAAGAUUCCUUGUACGUUGAUAACCCAGCACAGAAAGUUUUCAAACCAGCUGAUGACCUUGUCGUUGAGAUUACAAACUUGGAUAACCCUUCGAAGAGUGUCAUUACAUUGUCUGAACCAGUUCAAGGUGAAAUCAAGCCCACUGCUGUCUUGAAGUUGAUUAACGACAAGACAAUUCAAUUGGAAUUGAUUGAAAACAGAACUAGUGAUGGGAAACCAGUUGCCCUACCAUUGCUAUACACUUAUAACUUCGAGGAUGGGUUUGCUCCAAUUGCUGAAAUUAUGGAGGGUCGUAAUGAACGUAUCAAGGAGUUUUACUGGAAAUUAUGGUUAGAGGAGCCAUUUGACUUGAAAUUUGACCCAAGAAAGGUCAUCAAAGGUGGUGAUUUUGAAAUCACGGCAAAGAGUAUUUCCGAGUUCACACACGCUAUUGGCAACAACUGUGAAGAUUUCGUCAAGAGGUCUGGUCGUGAACAGCUGGCUCCAAUGGAUUACGCUAUUGUCGUUGGCUGGAGAGUUAUUAUUAAGGCUAUCUUCCCUGAGACUGUUGACGGUGACUUGUUGAAGUUGGUUCAUUUAUCCAAUGGUUACAAGAUGAUCCCAGGUGCCAAACCAUUAAAGGACGGUGAUAUUAUUUCCACCCAUGCUACCAUCAAGUCUGUGGUUAAUCAGCCAACCGGCAAAGUUGUUGAGGUUGUUGGUACAUUAACCAGAGAUGGGAAACCUGUUAUGGAGGUGGAAUCUUCGUUCUUUUACAGAGGCUCUUACGACGAUUAUGAGAACACUUUCCAAAGAUCUGUGGAGCCAGUUUACCAAGUUCAAAUCAAAUCUCCAAAGGAUAUUGCUGUCUUGCGCUCCAAGGAGUGGUUCCAAUUGGAUGACGAAGAUAUUGACUUGAUGGGCAAGACAUUGACGUUUGAAACUGAAACUGAGGUCACUUACAAGAACGCCAACGUUUUCUCCUCUGUCAGAUGUUCUGGUCCAAUCAAAAUGGAGUUACCAACUACUGAAAAUGUGGAAAUUGGUGUUGUUGAUUACGAAGCAGGUGAAUCGUAUGGUAAUCCAGUGGUUGAGUACUUGAAGAGAAAUGGUUCCACUUUGGAACAAAAGGUGAACUUGGAGAAUGCUAUUCCAAUUGCGGUCCUUGACCUACAAUCGCCCAGCACAAAUGAACCAUAUGCCAGAGUCUCUGGUGAUUUCAAUCCAAUUCACGUCUCCCGUCAUUUUGCUAACUAUGCCGACUUGCCCGGCACUAUCACUCAUGGUAUGUUCUCAUCAGCUGCUGUUCGUGCCUUGAUUGAAAACUGGGCCGCUGAUAGUGUCUCAUCCAGGGUUCGUGGUUUCAACUGUCAAUUCGUUAGUAUGGUCUUGCCAAACACUCCACUAUCGGUUUCCAUUCAGCAUGUUGGUAUGAUCAACGGCCGUAAAUUGAUCAAGUUUGAAACAAAGAACAAUGAAGAUGUUGUUGUUUUGACUGGUGAAGCUGAAGUUGAACAGCCUGUUUCUACCUUUGUUUUCACCGGUCAAGGUUCUCAAGAACAAGGUAUGGGUAUGGACUUGUAUCAGACCUCCAAAGUUGCCAGAAAGGUUUGGGACAGGGCUGAUGUCCAUUUCAAGGAAACUUAUGGUUUUUCAAUUUUGGACAUCGUUAGAAACAACCCAACCGAAUUGACUAUCUACUUUGGUGGUGAAAAGGGUAGAAAGAUUAGGGACAAUUACACUCAAAUGAUCUUUGAGACCAUCGUGGAUGGUGAAUUGAAGACUGAAAAGAUCUUUAAAGACGUUAAGGAAGACUCUACUUCUUACACUUUCAGAUCACCUUCCGGUUUGUUGUCGGCUACUCAAUUCACCCAACCUGCUUUGACUUUGAUGGAAAAGGCCUCAUUCGAAGAUUUGAAAUCAAAGGGUUUGAUUCCCGCCGAUGCUUCCUUCGCAGGCCACUCUUUGGGUGAGUAUGCUGCUUUGGCCUCUUUGGCAGACGUGAUGUCAAUUGAGUCGCUAGUCGAAGUUGUUUUCUACAGAGGUAUGACUAUGCAAGUUGCUGUUCCAAGAGACUCCUUGGGAAGAUCAAACUACGGUAUGGUUGCUGUCAAUCCAAGCAGAGUCUCGCCAACUUUUACUCAAGAGGCAUUGCAGUUUGUCGUUGAAAAAGUCGGCAAGAGAACCGAAUGGUUAGUUGAAAUUGUUAACUACAACGUCGAAAACCAGCAAUAUGUCGCUGCUGGUGAUUUGAGGGCUUUGGACACUUUGACAAAUGUCUUGAACUUCAUCAAGCUACAAAAGAUUGAUAUCGUCAAAUUGCAAGCUUCCUUAUCUCUAGAAAAGGUCGAAGAACAUUUGUUUGAAAUCAUUGAUGAAGUUGCUAAGAAGUCCUUGGCUAAGCCGCAACCAAUUGAGUUGGAGAGGGGAUUCGCUUGUAUUCCUCUGCGUGGUAUCUCGGUUCCAUUCCACUCUUCUUACUUAAGAAACGGUGUCAAACCAUUCAAGAACUUCUUGAAGAAGAAUGUCGUCAAGGAGAACGUCAAGGCAGACAGAUUGAUUGGAAAAUACAUUCCAAACUUGACUGCUAAACCAUUUGAAAUCACUAAGGAAUACUUCCAAGAUGUUUACGAUUUGACUGGAUCCGAGCAGAUCAAGGAGAUUCUGGACAACUGGUCGAAAUAUGAAAACUGA